AUGGCCAAACUCAUUGAUGAGUACUUCUCCAAGCACCUAGAGAUCCCUUGGGAUGAGGCUGUGAAACUGCACAAAGAGUACUACACCAACUAUGGCCUUGCUAUUGAGGGGUUGGUGCGCCAUCACCAGAUUGAUCCUCUGGACUACAACGCUAAAGUGGACGAUGCUUUACCCCUUGAAGAAAUCAUCAAGCCCAACCCUGAGCUACGCGAAAUCCUGGAGGACAUCGACAAGUCCAAGGUCACUGUGUGGCUCUUCACCAACGCCUAUGUGAACCACGGGAAGAAGGUUGUUCGCCUCUUGGGCAUCGAGGAUAUCUUCGAUGGUCUCACAUACUGCAACUAUGCGGAACAACCGUUACUCUGCAAGCCGGACCCCCGCAUGUACGAGAAGGCCAUGCGCGAAGCAGGCGCCGAGCGUGUGGAGGAUUGUUAUUUUGUUGACGAUUCUGCCUUGAACUGCACAGAAGCCAAAAGGUUUGGUUGGACAGCAGCUCAUCUCGUUGAGGAGGGAGUACCAGCUCCCAAGAACCCUGCUUCGCAAUACCAAAUCCAGCAUCUGCGAGAGCUACGGAACGUCUACCCGCAGUUCUUCAAAUCUACUUCAAACAAGGCAUAG